AUGAAUAAAAAGCUGAUAGGCUUUCUUUUAGCACUUGCAUCUGGAUUUUUUAUUGGUACAAGUUUUGUUAUUAAAAAAAAAGGGCUAUUAGAUACAACCCGUAGUAGGGGAUUGGUCGCAGGACAAGGCCAUGCAUAUCUUAAGAAUGGGAUUUGGUGGACAGGAAUGAUUAUAAUGAUUAUUGGGGAACUAUGCAACUUUAUUGCGUAUGCAUUUGCAAGUGCGAUUCUUGUUACACCUUUGGGUGCGAUGAGUAUUGUAGUAUGUUCAGUGGGAUCGAGUAUAUUUUUAAAAGAACGGCUUUCAUUUGUAGGAAAAGUUGGAUGUGGAUUUUGUAUAAUUGGAGUAUGUAUGAUUGUGAUAAAUGCGCCGGAGCAAGAUUCAUUGGAGAAAAUUCAGGAAGUGGCAAAAGAGAUGAUUUCUGUAGUAUUUCUGUCUUAUACAGCGAUCGUUUUUUUUAUAUGUUUUAUUAUUGGAGUAUGGAUUGGCCCUCGAUGGGGAAAUAAGAGUGUAUUUGUGUAUAUUUCUAUAUCUUCUUUAGUUGGUGGUAUUACAGUCGUUUGUACUCAGGGUUUUGGUAUGUCUAUUGUUAGUGCAAUUUCAGGUGUUCCUGACCAAUUAACCCAUUGGUUUUUGUAUUUUCUUGGAAUUUCUAUUAUUAUAAUGAUUUUAGUCGAAAUUAAUUAUUUAAAUAAAGCGUUAAAUAUAUUUAAUACAGCUAUUGUUACUCCUAUUUAUUUUACCUAUUUUACGACUUGUACAAUUGUUUCAACAGCUGUAUUACAUCGAGGUUUUCACGGACCACCCAUUUCAAUUGUAGAUGUAUUUCUUGGUUUUUUGACUAUCGUUGGAGGCAUUAUACUUCUUCAAUUUUCCAUUGGAGCAGAUAAUACAUCAGAUACUGAUAUGUUGUCUACUGAUUUAUCCAACAUUCAAAAAGCAGUAGAUGCAGUUACUGAUGCAGAUAUUUUGGAUCCAGGCCCUGCUGCUAUUAGAGGCACAUUUAGUUUUAGACAGAUGGAUCGGAAGUUUAGCGAAACUAGUUCAAAUAAUUUUAUGAGACGUAUUAGUUAUUCUUCUGUUGAAUUUCAGAAAUUUACUUUACAAUCUUCAUUUCUUUCGGAAAAAAAUCAUAUAAAUUCAAAAAAUAAUACUGAAAAAAUUCCCACUUUUUCACAAAGUUUAACUACUAAAACUCAUGAUUUUGAUACUCAUAACAAUACCACUUUUUCUUCACAAUUAUCAAUUCAAAAACAACCUCUUCAAAAAAAUGAAUAUUAUUCCGAAAAACCAAAUAAAGAUAAAGAUAAGGAUAAAGAUAAUAUAUGCAACUUAUCCAAGUUUAUAUCUCAUUCAGCCGACGAUUUUUUGUAUUUCAUUUACAAAUAUUUAUUAUUCGCUCGUGUAACUGUACAUCAUGACACUUUUCCAACAAACAUGCACACCGAUUUUCACAAUAAAAAACUUGUGUACCAACAAUCAACUACAUCUAAUACUGAUAAUGACAUCUCUCAUUUGCAUGUGCCAUAA